AUGAAGACAAGUCUUUUGAUGGUGGUUGCUGUUUUGUUGAUAACUUGCUUAUGUUCGAGCAGCAAAAUUGGUUGGGCCGGCACUGGUUCGAGUGCUCAACCGAUGUAUCCUGACCACUGUUGGAAUGAUAUGAAAAGAUUUCCUGGAUGUUUGGAAAACAUAAAGGGAAUCUUUCAUUUUCCUCUUCGUGAGAUCAGGAAAGAAUGUUGUCUAGUCGUUAAUUCAUUUUCUGAUACGUGUUGGCCAAUCAUCUUCCCGAGCAUGCCUUACAUACGUUUCAUGAUUAAGGGUAUAUGCCUUAUCAAACCCGGAUUGCAUUGA